AUGCCUUUGGUUAUGGGCAUGGCUCUGCUUCUGGGGAAAUUUCCCUGCAGCAAUAUGAAGAGAUAUGCCAGUGGAAAUGCCGCCGGUUUGGGCAACCUGCCUACCGUUCAGGCCGGGGAUAGAAGUGCCGACCUCCAGGUCGGCGUCGUGAAGCCCUGGUUGCUGCUGGGGUCGCAGGAUGCUGCUCACGACCUGGAGACAAUGAAAAAGCAUAAGGUCACUCAUGUUCUAAAUGUGGCAUAUGGAGUCCAAAAUGCCUUCCUCAAUGACUUUGUAUACAAGACCAUUUCUAUUCUGGACCUCCCAGAAACUGACAUUACAUCUUAUUUCCCAGAAUGUUUUGAAUUUAUUGAGAAAGCCAAGACCCAGGAUGGCGUGGUACUGGUCCACUGUAAUGCAGGAGUCUCCCGUGCAGCAGCGAUAGUCAUUGGUUUUCUAAUGAAUUCAGAAAGACUGAGUUUCGCUACAGCCUUUUCCUUGGUGAAAAAUGCGAGGCCUGUGGCUUGUCCAAAUCCUGGCUUCAUGGAGCAGCUUCACAAGUACCAAGAACAGAAUAUAAAGGCAAAUGGAAGCAUAAAUGAUCAUGACUGA